AUGAAGCCUCUCUUGCCAAGUCUCAGUGGAUCUCAGAUGAAGAGCAAAGGAAGGACGAUUAUGGAUCAGUUGCAUCAAAACAGGACUUGGUGGUGGAUAUUGGUGAUCCUCUAUGUGACGCUACAGCUCAUGACCAUCCACUCAACCAUGGUGCCAGGAACAUUGCAGCUCCAGCUAGAUGAGGAACAGCCAGCAGGAACUGUAGUAGGUGACAUUAGUGCUGGCCUCCCACCUGACAUGACUGCAACCCACUAUUUCAUCUCAGAUCAUCAGGGCACAGGUGUUGGCACCGAUUUGGAUAUCGACGAAAGUACAGGGAUCAUAAAAACCGCAAAGGUCCUGGACCGGGAAGUACGGUACCGCUACAGCUUCAUAGCGGUCACCAUAACCGGUAUAACAGUAGAAGUCACCAUCUUAGUAAAUGACAUCAAUGAUCACGCUCCAAUGUUCCCAAGAAAAAGAGCCACGUUUAAGAUUCCAGAGCAGACAACCAUUGGCACCAAGUUUCCUCUUGAGCCUGCCUUGGAUGCAGAUGAGGACCAGCUCACUACGCAAGGUUACAUCAUAACGGAUGGAAAUGUAGGACAAGCUUUUCUUCUUGAAACCAAACGAGGAUCCAACAAAGUGCUCUACUUGGAUUUGGUAGUCAAUGCCGUUUUGGACAGAGAGACAAGAUCUUCGUACACUCUACUCUUGGAAGCAUUUGAUGGUGGCUCACCCAAGAGGACAGGACAAAUGAUCCUGGAUGUGAUUGUGCAGGACAUCAAUGACAAUGCCCCAGUCUUCAACCAGAGUCGCUACAAUGCAGUGAUCUCUGAGAACCUUCAACCUGGGAACAAUAUACUGCAGGUGUUUGCUUCAGAUGCUGAUGAAGGUGACAAUGGGUUGGUGAUCUAUGAUAUCAACAGGAGACAGAGCGAUCCUGAUCGCUACUUUGUCAUUGACUCUCGAACUGGAGUUAUCACUCUGAACAAGCCUUUGGAUUACGAGAUGAGAAGAGUCCAUGAGCUUGUGGUACAGGCUCGGGACAAUUCCAGUCAACCAGAGGUCACCAACGCUUUCGUGACCAUCCAGGUGCGAGACUACAAUGACAACCAGCCCACCAUGACCAUCAUCUUCCCCAGUGAGGAUGGUUCUCCACGCAUCUCUGAAGGAGCACAGCCUGGCCAGUACGUGGCUAGGAUUUCGGUCACAGACCCUGAUUAUGGAGAAUAUGCCAAUGUGAAUGUAUCUUUGGAAGGGGGUGAUGGAAAGUUUGCUUUGACCACCAAAGACAGCAUCAUUUAUCUAAUUUGCAUAGAUCAGAUCCUUGAUCGUGAGGAGCAAGACCAUUAUGAACUCAGAGUCUUGGUUACAGAUUCUGGCACUCCUCCAUUAUGGGCAGAGUCUUCAUUUACUAUUCAGGUCAUGGAUAUUAAUGACAACCCUCCUUUGUUUGACCAGCAGGAGUAUACCCAGGUAAUUCCAGAGGUUGCCUUUCCAGGAAGUUUUGUUGUACAGGUUACAGCACGGGACAAAGACCAGGGGCCCAAUGGAGAUGUUCAGUACAGCAUCCUACAGAAUGAAGAAACUCAUUCAGACUGGUUCAGUAUUGACGCAGUCACUGGUAUCAUCACCACCUUGACCCAGCUAGAUUACGAAACGAAGCCUAUGCCGAGUGUGACUGUGGUUGCUGCCGACAGGGGUCGACCGCCACUAUCUUCUACAGCUGUGGUCAAAGUGAUCCUACAGGAUAUUAAUGAUAAUGAGCCUGUGUUUGGUAGCAAGUUCUACAAUGCAUCCAUCAAGGAGAACGCCGCAGCAGGGAUCUGUUUCAUGGAGGUUACAGCUACUGAUGCGGAUGGUGGUUCUUUUGGCUCCAUCUCCUACUCUCUGGGCUCUGGUCCAGGCAGUGUGACCCCAUCUCAGUUCACCAUUGGCAAGCACAAUGGACAGAUCUGUACUACCACCAGCCUGGAUCGUGACCAGGGUCCAGCCAACUACGACUUCACCGUCACAGCUGUGGAUGGGGGUGGACUGAUUUCAGUGGCCUACGUGCGUGUGGAUCUGAUAGACAUAAAUGACAAUCGACCAGCAUUCUACCCUCUGAACUAUGCAGUGAGCCUAAGUACACAGAGCACCCCAGGAACCUCUGUCCUGAAGGUGACUGCUCACGACCCAGAUGCAGGAGAUAAUGGCAGAGUGACGUACCGUACUGUACCUGGAGGGAGCUCACCUUUCUUCACCCUCAACAAAGAUACUGGAGUGAUUUCACUGUCGCGCGCUCUACAUGGAAAGGCAAACUCAGUCAUUACAAUGGUGGUCUCAGCACAAGAUGGUGGGGGCCUUACUGCUCCAGUCAAUGCCAGGGUCAACAUAAGCAUAGUGGCAGGGCUGGUCGCCCCCCCUGUGUUUGAGCAAGCUCAGUACUUCUUCGUGGUCUCUGAGGAUGCCCUGCGUGGAACACAAGUUGGAGUUGUGCGGGCCAGCACUAAGAAUGGUGUCUCGAAGGAUAUCUCCUACACUAUUAGUUCUGGUGAUCCCACGGGCUACUUCACCAUUGAUUCUGAGACUGGGGCUUUGAGAACGAGCUUGCCUCUGGAUCACGAGGCCCAACCCAGCUUGAAUCUGGAAGUCCAGGCGCACUGCGGUAACCCCCCGGCCUUUGGCCAGACUAGGGUACGAAUUACAGUGUCCGACGUCAACGACAAUGCACCCGUCUUCUUGCCCUCAUCCUCCGAGUCAUUGAUUCUGCCUGAAGACACCCGGAUGGGUACAGUGGUGUACAAGGUCCAAGCAGAAGACCAUGAUUCUGGACCCAAUGGUCUUCUGAGUUUUGACCUGUUCACCGGCGGUGCCCAGAGAACCUUCAGCAUUGAUCGCAACAGUGGACAAAUCCGCCUGAUUGGCAGUUUGUCAUAUGAGACCAUGCCUCGCUAUGACCUGAAGGUGAUUGCCAAAGACAGCGGAGCACCUCAGCUAAGUUCUACCUUCACCCUUGUCAUCCACGUGCAAGCCGAGAAUGGCCAAGGCCCCGUGUUUGAUAGCCUCACCUACCGAGUAGAGCUGAAGGAAAGCACGCCUCUCAACACUCGCUUCCUGCAGGUACGAGCUGUGAACCGAGAUGGUGGCAUCACCACUGGACCAUCUUCUACAUCUUCCGCCCCACUAGCCUACCACCUGCACCCAGACGGUGACGCUGCAGGGUUUGGCAUUGUGUCUGACAACGGCUGGCUGUUCGUGAAAAGUUCCCUGGACAGAGAAGCCAAGGAGAUGUACCUGCUUACUGUACUGGCCACAUCAGGCAACGGACAGCUGAAGAAGACAGGUAGUGCCACAGUGCGUGUGUCAGUGAUGGAUGAAAACGACAACACCCCACGGUUUACCCAAGAGAGAGCGUUUCUGCCAGUGCGUGAGAACCUGCCGGCAGGCACUGGUUUUGGCCGGGUGUCUGCCAGCGAACGGGAUGCUGGUCUCAACGGUCGUCUGAGCUACCGCCUGCUCCAUCUGGAUCGCCACUUCCAGAUCAACUCCCACACAGGUGAGAUAAGCACAAAACUUUCCCUUGACCGUGAACUUCAGUCCAGCUACCAGCUCAUGGUUGUGGCUCAGGAUGGUGGGACCCCUCCGCGCAGCGCUACAGGCACUGCUUUCAUCACAGUUCUGGAUGAGAAUGAUAAUGCGCCGUCCUUCAGCCAUGCAGGAAGAGAGCUCUUGCUGCAGGCGUUAGAAGGUCAGCCAUCUGGAUUUCUUCUGGGAACCAUUCAUGCAAAAGACCCUGAUGAAGGAGAAAAUGGAACUAUUUUCUACUCCAUGUCUGGUCCCAGAGCCGAACGUUUCACACUGAACCCAAACACUGGAGAGCUGCGGUCCUCUUCCCCUUUGAGCCAUUCAGAGCGGCCUGAGUACAAUUUCAUCGUUCUGGCCUCGGACCGAGGUUCACCCCCUCAGAGCUCCACCGUAACAUUGAAAGUUCAGGUUGUAAGCUCAAAUAAAGGAUCACCCACCACUAACUCCCAACCAAUAACACUGAAUUCAGUGGAGGGAGCUAAACCUGGCUCAAUCGUGGGGUCUGUUCGUUCACCUGAUUCUCAGACUCUUCCUGAAGUAGGCCAGGUCACGUAUACUGUGGUGGGAGGCACCGACUGCGACGGCACCUUUGUGGUAGACCGUCAGACGGGUGAUGUUUACCUAGCCCGUGAGCUUGACUACGAAAAAGCUCCUCGAUACACUCUCCAGAUUGAGGUUGACGACUUCUCCAUGCCUCUCCCUAAAAGUCACUUUGUCACAUUGGUAAUCGAUGUCCAGGACAGUAACGAUCAUGCUCCUGAGUUUCCUGAAGAUCCCGUUAUCAUAGUCGUCCCUGAGAGCACAGAUCCUGGGUCGUCUAUCUACACCUUUCAGGCCAUUGAUAAAGACGGAAGUGGACCCAACAGUGAAGUGCAUUAUUCCAUCCUGCAACAGUGGCCAAACGUUCCAGAUCUCCUGUUCCUGGAUCCAACUACAGGAGUUCUCUCUCUGGGAAUGAUGUUGGAUCAUGAGAGGACCUCUUCACUACUCUUGGUGGUUCAGGCGACAGAUUCGGCCCCCGAUGUCAGUCAGCAGCGCCGUGGAACGGUCACAGCACGGAUAUUUGUCACUGACGUGAAUGACAACGACCCUGUGUUCAUCUCACCGUCCGUGGUGAGUGUGAUGGAGGACCAGCCUGUGGGUUUUGUCGUGGUCUAUGUCAUGGCUGUAGAUGCAGACCAGGGAGAGAACGGACGAGUGACGUACCGUAUCCAGAGUGGCAACACCGGAGGAAAGUUCAGCCUUAACCCAGAUACAGGGUCUUUGUCUAUUCUCAGACCAGUUGACCGUGAAGAGCAAGACCUCUACAACCUGACCAUAGUGGCAGAAGACCAUGGUUUACAACAGCACAGCAGCUCCCAGUUACUGUCAAUCCAGGUGAUUGAUGUAAACGAUGAGGCACCAUACUUUGAGGAAAGUGAAUAUGAAGCUUUUAUUGCAGAGAAUCAGCCUGCAGGAACUACUGUGCUUGUGGUUUCAGCUUCUGAUUUGGACCAAGGGCCCAAUGGAAUAGUUACAUACGGAAGUAUUGUAGGAGAUGAUUUUAGUAUUCAUCCGGUGACAGGAGUCAUAACCACCACCAAGGCUUUGGACAGGGAAGUCCAAGGGGUUUAUGCUGUUACAGUGUAUGCCAGAGAUGGUGGUUCUCCUCCCAAUUUCGCCAAGACCACAGUGCGCGUCACAGUGCUGGAUGAGAAUGACAAUAGACCGGCUUUUGGGAGAGUGUACUAUAGUUUGAUUAAUCCUUCCCCCAUUGUAGCAAGAGUUAGUACAACCUCAUCAGAACUAGAAAAAAAAACUUUUUUAUUAUAUUACAGGAUCUCAGACGGAGACCGUUUUGGUGAUUUCCACCUGGACAGGAAAUCAGGUGUGCUGUCUACUUCCAGGCCUUUGGACCGAGAGUCCAAAGCAAAGUACACCCUCACUGUGGAGGCACAAGACCAGGGUAUACCAUCCCUCACCAGCACUGUCACUUUGGACAUCAGUGUCUUGGACCUAAAUGACAACAGCCCAGUGUUCCCAAGCAGCAGCUACUCUGUGGAGGUAUCUGAGGAUGCAUCGGAAGGGUCUCUUGUUCUGGAGGUUUCAGCCUCUGACAAGGACGAAGGGUCCAACAGUCAGGUGGUCUACUUCCUGAGCCGCGAAUCCAGAGGCAUGUUCAUCGUGGACCAACACAUAGGUCGCAUUAUUACAGCAGCAGCCCUCGACCGAGAAAAAGUAGCCUCCUACAGCUUCCAAGUCUAUGCCAUGGACUCCUCAGCCUCCAACCCCCGUAACACUUCUGCUGAAGUGACCAUCUACAUCUUAGAUGUAAACGACAACGCCCCCUUCUUCCUCACAGACCCGCUCAUCAUCAAUGUGUCCAGCAGUAGUCUCUCCAACCACAAGGUGCUGGCAACCAUGAGAGCUGAAGAUAAAGACUUCGGUGCAAAUGGAUCUGUUUUUUAUCGGUUUGCGAAUCCAGUCAAAGGCUUCACCAUAAACUCCUUGACUGGGGACAUCCAGGCCACCGAAAAGCUCCACGCGAUGACUCAGAACCAGCGGACCCUCAUUGUGGAGGCCAUGGAUCAGGGUAACCCAUUGCAGUCCUCUCUGGGAGUUGUGAUCGUGUACAUCAGAGAGCAGAGUUACCAGGGCAUCCGUUUCUCACGCAACACCAGGGAUGUCAGCCUGCAGGAGAAUGCUGCUAAAGGCACAGCAGUUGUUCAGAUACAGGCUCACUAUCCUGAUGGAUCCAGCAGGGGCAUUAACUACAGCAUUUUCAGUGGUAACAAGCAGCAGUCCUUUAGCAUCAGCCCCCACACAGGUGAGAUUUGGGUAGGAAGCUCCAAAGGUCUGGACUUUGAGGAGACCCCACGACUCCGCCUGGUGGUCAAGGCUGAAACUGCAUCCUCCAGUUCCUUCAUGGCAGUCAACCUUCUCCUGCAGGAUGUCAAUGACAACUUACCACACUUUCAACUUCACAAUUACAUUGCUUAUGUUCGUGAGGCCCAGGGCUAUGAUCAUUCUAUCAUUCAGGUGUUGGCGAAUGACCUGGACCAGGGUCAGAAUGGGCAGGUGACCUACUCUAUAAGGUCAUCGUCUAUGAGCGGCCUCUUCAAGAUUGACCCUGUCACAGGCAGUAUAUCCACUGCUGCCAUCAUGGACAGAGAGAUCUGGACACAGACCAACCUGGUUAUUAUGGCAACGGACAGAGGCAGUCCUCGGUUAGCAGGUUCUGCCACUCUCACUGUGAUCAUUGUAGACCUGAAUGACAACAGUCCCACCAUCCCUGUUCCACGUGAAGUCCGGGUCCCUGAGAAUACCUUGAUUGGAACUGUGAUCACUCAGGUCACAGGGAAUGAUGUGGACUCUGGACCUGCUCUCUCCUAUUCCCUUCUUCUGGACUCAGACACUCAAGGGAAGUUUGGAAUACAUCGCUAUGGAGGAGGGGUGUCCUUGACUGCCCCUUUGGACUUUGAAGAUAGAACAUGGUACACGCUGACCAUCAGCUCCUCGGACUCCAAGCAACAGAGUUACGCAAAUCUGACCGUGCUUGUGGAGGAUGUGAAUGAUAAUGCUCCAGUCUUCUCCCAGGACCUUUACGAGUUGACUCUAGCAGAACACUUGCCAGCAGGAAGCUCAGUUAUCACAGUAACUGCUACAGAUAAGGAUUCUGGAGAGAACGGAAGGAUAACAUACAGGGUUGUGUCAACAAAGGACAUGUUCUACAUUGACCCAAGUAAUGGUACUCUGUUCAUCAAGCAGAAGGUUGAGUUUGACUCUCAACGCCCUUCCGUUUUGGUGGUGAUUGAAGCCAGUGAUAGUGGAACACCUUCGCUGACCGCCCUUACCACAGUUCAGGUGCAUGUGUCUGAUGUCAAUGACAAUGAGCCUGUAUUCCACCAGACUGAGUACAGAGCCUCUGUAUCUGAAGACGAAGUUCCUGGUUCAACCAUUUUAACCCUGGAAGCGGUGGAUGGGGACUUAUCUAGAGACAACUGCGGGUUUGAUUUCGCCAUUGCCAGUGGAAACAUUGGUAAUGCCUUCCAAAUUGAGAGCAGUGUUCAUUUCCUUGAGGGCCAUGGAUUUCGGACAGUUGGAACACUGAUAUUAGUUGAUAAGCUUGACUUUGAGAGUGUGAAUGGCUAUAAUCUCACUAUUGUGGUCUCAGAUCGUGGCAUACCUCAACGAAGCUCAAGUGUUCCAGUUUUAGUCACUGUAAUGGACACCAAUGAUAACCCUCCAUCCUUCAGUAGGGCAGAGUACAAUGUUAUUGUAAAUGAAGGAACAGAAACAGGAAAAGAAAUACUUCAACUUUUUGCAGUGGACCCUGACUCAACAGCUAAUGGAGAGGUUCAAUACUCAAUCAGUUCUGGAGACGAGUCUGAGCUCUUUUCUGUAGAUCGGUGGACUGGGUCCCUUCGUCUGCGGAGGUCUCUUGAUAGUGAGAAACAGUCCUCUCACGUGUUCAUCAUUCAGGCCUCGGAUGGUCAGGGCCACUUUGCUCUUGCUCCUGUAACUGUCGAGGUCAAGAACAUCAAUAAUAACAGGCCCUACUUCCCUCUUAAAUCACUCACAGCAAGCAUUCGUGAAAACCAGCCCCAGAAUGCUCUAGUUACCAUACUACAUGCCAUUGAUCAUGACAAAGGAGCAUACGGAGAACUGAGAUAUUUCCUCAUGUACAAUUCCGGCAAUGGAAAAGAUUCCUUCCUAGUGAACCAAACCUCUGGUGAGGUGCGAACCCGCUUUACAUUUGACUUUGAGAAGGUUAAUGCUUUCCAUUUUAUUGCUAUGGCAAUGGAUGCAGGCAACUACUCAGCCACAGUCACAAUUCAAGUCUUUGUGACUGGUGAAGAUGAGUACGAUCCUGUUUUCACUAACUCAGAUUUCGCCUUCCAUGUACCUGAGGGUGCCAAGAAAGGGCAAAGCAUUGGCCAAGUAAAUGCUAAUGAUGAGGAUGGAGGGGUGGACGGCAUUGUCCUCUACACGCUCGCAAACAGUUCACCUUACUUUGAGGUCAACACAUCUACAGGAGUGAUAUCCCUCAAGAUGGAUGCAUAUCAUCGACAUAUAAGCCGGUCCAAAAGAGAGACACGGAAGAUGACAUUGGAUGUUAUUGCCCACAGUCCUUUGGAUAAUUCCCGAAAAGCUUCUGCCCAAGUCACAAUUGAUGUCACCCAUACAUCAUUCGGCUUGAACAGAGACAUAAAUGUGGUGCUUGCCAGUGCUAUAACAGCUUCCUUGGCAGCCAUUGUGUUCCUUAUCAUAGUUGUUGUGGUGAUAUUCCUCUUGAGAUCCCAAAGGUACAAAGAACAAGAGGCUUGCACCAGAAUCAUAACCCACGGUAUCGUUCUGGAGAGUCUUGAAGAUUCGAAAGUUCCAGGGGGUGAUAAGCUGUAUCAUCAGACUCUUCCUGGGUAUGCAACAGAACAAACUGGGAGCGGAGGAGGUACCUAUGCACGAGGUGGGUCUCUUGACCCAUCUCACUCCAGUGGGCGUGGUUCCGCCGAAGCUGAAGCAGCAGAAGAUGAUGAGAUCCGGAUGAUUAAUGAGUAUCCUCAAGUUUCCAGCAUCUCCUCCUCUAUGCAGGAGCACAUAGCUGCUCGUGGGCCCGACUCUGGGAUCCAGCAAGAUGCAGACCAGCUGUCUGACAUUUCCUGUGAGCCCGGGAUGGAUGCAAACCAAUGGUUUAAAGUGAAAAAACUGGGAAGUUUAAGUGGGACACUACUAUCAAGCCAGUUGCCAACUUAUCGGGAUGAAGGAUGUGGUUAUCUCGGGGUUGGAAGAGGGCUUAACAUCUCGCAUCCAAAAGAUUAUGCUUUCCCGGAGGAUGGUAAGCCCGCUGUAGAUGGUUCUCUUACAGCAAUUGUGGCUAGCGACGAGGAACUGCGGGGCAGCUACAACUGGGACUACCUCCUCGAUUGGUGCCCUCAAUUUCAGCCUCUGGCUAAUGUCUUUACAGAAAUUGCCAGAUUAAAAGAUGAGAACGCGCCACCUAACCCUCGGCGCCCAUUUCAUCCCAAAGCAAAAACUGAUUCCAAGCCCAGAAUUGACCCUCCUCCCCUUAUUACCUCUGUAGCUCAUCCAGGGGCUAAAACUGUUUUGCCGAAACCUGCUGUAGGCCGAACAUUUCCUCACCUGUCCUUAUUGCGGCGAUCUCCCAUUGACCAUGAUGGCUCUGUUUCCUCAAUAGCCAUGUCUCCAAGUUUUUCUCCAUCACUUUCGCCACUUGCAGCCCAUUCCCCAGCCAUUACUCCUUUUGGAGGUCACUCUUCCUCCAUUAUCAGUACAAAUGAGCACUCCUUAGAACAUGAGACAGAACUGAGGAUUUAAUGCUGUCUAAGGAGAGCUCACCAGAAAGAAUUCCCACCUGCUCAGGUACUCUAAAAAUGCCUCUCCUCUGGCAUAGUCCUCAACAUCAUGUUGUAUGUAAUGUUGCCCCACUGGCUGGCCAGAUGUUUCAGAAAGCGGUGCUUUUGUCACCCUUCUUUAGACUUACUGACUUGAGUUGUAAAAGAAGUAAAAAUGACUAUUUUAUAAUGCUGUUCUAAAAAUACUGAAGAUCAAAUGGCAUUUCACUUAG